GCAGUCUUUGUGCGACCAUAAAAGGGGAAGGAACAUUGCUGGACAGCUGUUUUUCAAAGAAGAACAAACUUUAAUCAAGAGGACGUCUUACUGUAAAACGGUAUGUGAUUUAUUUUAGAUACUGUACUGAUAAUUCGUAAAUCAUUCGAGAGCCAAGCAAAACUUAGUCUAUCCUGCUGGCCGCUUGAUAGGCCAAAAGAACGUUUCGCUUCAAUGAACUUGUUCGUAAAUAUGGAGAUUUUAAUAAUCAUUUUAAACUGAAAUCCUCAAAUAUCAUUUUAAGUUAAAAUUUAAUCGGAAUCGAGAUGAUAUAUACUUUAUUUAUGGCUUCAACACUUUAGCCUGUUCAUACACCUUUGAACUGUGCUGAUUCAUUUACUUUACUAUAAUUUAGUAAAUUAUUAGAGAGAUCACUUCGAAAGUGAUAAAAACAUAAGAGUUAGGGCAAGCUUUUGUCAAACUCUUAGGAAGAUUUUUGGCGCGAGAAGUGCGUGGCGCGGCCAGCGGCGGUAGACACUUGGCGGGAGUCGGAACCCACCGUUCCCGCAAUAAAUUGUAUUUUAUCGUUGGUACGAUUUCUUGCUAUUAUAGAUUUAAAGUCGGAAUAUUUUUAAUUAAAUAAAUUAGUAUAGUAGAAGAUCAGUUAAAAAAAUUUGAAGAUAAAAUAGUUAUUUCAUUCUACCAAUCGAAUACACUUAACGCGACAAUCGUUUUCCCGCGCGAAUCGUGAACUCGAUAUGAGAGGUCGAUUGUUGCAGGUGAUUUUUUUUACAUGGCUUUAUCUUGAAAGUUAAGUCUCUGUGGGAAUUGUAGUCUGCAUCACGGUGGAAUCAAUAAUAAAAUCACCUAGAAAUUUAUAUAAAAUUUCAAGGACCAUUUAGAUGAACCUUAAAAUUUAAAUAGGCCACACUGAAAAGCUAAUGGCAUAUAUAUAUGAACAUAAUUUGAUUUAUUAUACGUUUUUCCUAUCACCUGUAAUUUCUUGGCAUGUGCAUCGUGCAGAUGUGAAUAAAAAAUAAGUUUACUAUGGUCUGAACAAAGCUGACAGGUGCAGGAAAAAACGGGUCACACAUGGGGUCGUUGCCGAGCUUCUUUCUUUUAUAAUACAAUAAAUUUGAAUAGGCUUUGUGUUCCUUUAGGUUACGCUCCGUUAAUUUCCGUCUCAAAGAGAAUGCCUAGAAAGAGUAUAAGGAUACAGGCGCGAAAACAGAAAGAGGAACAACUUCAUAUACCGGACCUAGAAAACGUAUCCCAAAUACCUAGAUCAAAAAAGAGAAAAGCGGACGAAUCUGAAGCUCUUCAAGAUUUGCAACUGGCGGGCGUAGACGAACCCAGGAAGAAGCAACGUCUGGAGAGAGUGAAAGAGCCUGUGAAGAAUGCCGCUUUGUCGCCUCGAACUCCAACGUGUCACCGACCACUCCAUUUAAGACCUGAUACUCUUCCACAAUCUCGUUUGCCGAAUAUUCGAUGGGCUGAUAAUAAACAAUUAUGGAAGUCAAUGCACGAUCGACCCACUUCUCAUUACUGCAAAGAAUCAUUGUUCAGUGAUAUACAAAAGUACAUAACGCCUUCGAUGCGUACUAUUCUCAUAGAUUGGAUGAUGGAAGUUUGUGCCGCCUACAAUUUACAUCGCGAAACAUUUUGCCUUUCAGUUAAUUUCACUGACCGAUACUUAAGCCGAACAAAAGAUGUUCAAAAACAACAACUACAGCUCAUUGGAGUAACAGCACUAUUUGUUGCAUCUAAAAUGGAGGAAAUAUAUCCACCAAGAUUGAAGGAAUUUGCUGAUAUGACCGAUGGGGCCUGCUCCGAAGAUACUAUAAUGGAAUUUGAAAUUAUAUUACUGAAUACACUCGAAUGGAAUUUGGUCUCUAUGACACCAAAUGCAUGGUUAAGCGUCUACAUGCAAAUAAUGAAUAGCGAAUCAUGGGAACAAAAUGAAACUGAAAGUGCCAGUGAAGUUGAUGAUAAUUUUGUCAUGCCCCAAUUCCGGCAGGAAACGUUUAAGGAUGUAUCCACGCUACUAGACCUUUGCUACCUGGACUACGAAAGCUCAUUAUUUGAGCCAAGUGUCAUGGCCGCAUCUGCCAUCUAUUACGAAAUCAGUACUGAUGUUGCACUGCAAGUGUCAGGUAAUUAUUUCGAAUGUUCGCGCAAUAACUCAUAAUACGUAUUGACAUUCUUUCACCGAUUUGAUUUUGUUCUGCUUGACGUCACUGAUCGUUUUUUUCCAAUUACAGGUUUAUCAAUGGGAAGUUUGGAAAGUUGUUUGAAUUGGAUGAAGCCUAUAUACGAUGUUAGAAAUAAACAUUCUUUAGAGCCCAAUCGACCGAAACAUGUAAAGUCAGAAGAUGCCCAUAAUAUACAAACCCACAUUAGCAGUGUACAUAUACAUAACGAUAUAACAAUCCUACGGAAAGCCGAAAUGGCGAAAACACCGAAGCUUACCAAUGUCGAAUCUUCUACUUUCCUCACACCCCCUCCAAGCCAUUCUAAACGAGCAUUUUCUCAAGGAAGAAAAAGCAUUACGUGCUUACGCACGAAAACUAUGUAAACUUUGAGUUUAAAAAUGUCAAUCAUAUUUAUUCAACGAUAUUUAUUAAUUGGCGUAAAAUACUAACUAGUUCCUUAAAUAUAGCGAGGUUAUCUAUGCAUAAGUUAGAAUUCCAAAAGUUGCAAAAAAUUUGUUUUAAACAUUCUUAUAUGGCGUACACAUCUCCAAUGAGCUGCCAGAUUAGCAAGAGUUAAUCCCUUGGUGUUCAAAUUCGCGCAUUUAGUUGAAAACCCUUCAAGACAUUUUGUCUUUCAUGCAGUCAUAUUUAUGUGUAUUUAUUGAAGUAUGUUGGGUAAGAAGGAAAUUGUUGAGUUUUAUUGUGUUCGUUUUUAUAAAUACUGUCCGUGUGCAUUUGAUUCGUUUUUUAAAUAAAUAACUUUUUAAUAAAUAAAUUGUGUUUUAUUAAGAAAAUUUAUUAAGUUGUCUUUCAGCCCGAAAUUUGCUUACUUUCCUUUUGGUCUCUUUUCCUUUCUCUUGAACAAUCGAACUUUCUCUUUCAACAAUAGAAUGAGUGAAAGC